AUGUCAGGCGAGGUGGUUCUCGUCGUGACUCUCGACCUCGCUUUCCCGAUAAUGGCCCAAACCUUUCUGUAUGCGCUGUACUGUGCGCUGACCUCGUACUUCAUACAUCAGCGAUGGAUCGCGCGCGAACAUACGCCUCUCUCAACCUUCAUGGUCUGGGCCACCUUGGUCAUGUUCUCACUUUUCACCCUAUACUGGUCUGCAAACAUCUAUAUGCUAUGGGCGACGGCCUACAUCUCGUUCCUGGACCUGAACAACACCAUCACCGACGCAGAACUGCAGAAGGCCCGUGAUAUCGCCACAGUACUAUUUCGCCUUGAAUUCGCACAGCUUUGCGCGUGGCCAAUCAUAAUGAUCAUCGGAGAUGCGAUCUCGCUAUGGCGGGCGUAUGUGAUCCUGAGGAGACCGCGAUGGCUGUACGUACUGACAGUGAGCACCGCUAUACUCGAGAUAGGUAUAUGGUCCGCGACGCUCGCCAUCAUCAAGAUCGAUAGCCCAUCCUUGAACGGUUGGUGGACAUAUUCACUCCAGGCUGCCGGACUGUCUAUUGCCGCCAUUGCCCAACUCAUCUCCACGCUUUUGAUCGCGUACAAGACAUGGACCCAUUGGAAGGACAUGCGGGAGCUUAUGCACGCACACAACGUCCGACAAAGCAUCGCGAUGCUUGUGGUCAUAGAUGAAACGGGCGUCGCGUACUUGGCCAUCUUCCUUUGCUAUGCUCUCAUCAGUCUUCUGCAAUUCAAGUUGUAUACGCAAGCAGACGAACUGGCGGCCAAGAUGCUCAUUGAGUGUAUGCUGCCUCUCAUGGCCAUGUACCCGACUUUGGUGGUCGUACUCCUGAGCAAGCGACGCUCCAUCCUGCAGGAUAGCAUUCACUCGGACGGCCUGCCACAACUGACCGUACCUGUGAGAACCACGCGUCUCAAGACACCCUCGCAACGCUCAACGGAUGACCCUCUACGCGAGGAUUGCGGGGCGGGUACGAAGAAUCCCGGUCUCAAAUGGGUCGAUGUUAGCUUCGGUCCUGCGUUCGAGCUCAGGAGCGUGGAUGUGGCUGCGAAGGAAGAAGAGCUUGAGCCAGAUGAUGACAAGAACAUGUCGAUAGUGCAUGGCACGGGCUUCGCGCAGGGCAGGUCGCGCACGCCAUCGUCUACAAGCGCAACCAUCGUGGCCGGCAGCGAGAUGGGGCCGGUGGCGAUCUGA